AUGGCGCAAUACUUCUUCGAUCUCCUCUAUAACUUCACAGAUUGCAUGUGCUGCUUCCCCAGUACGCCGCAAUUGAAGAUCAACAACCGCAGUUUCAAGCUCCUGCGACUCCUAGGCGAGGGAGGUUUCUCCUAUGUCUACCUCGUUCAAGAUAAAGCCACCUCCGAGCUAUUCGCGCUUAAGAAGAUCCGCUGUCCUUUCGGCCAGGAAUCCGUGUCACAGGCGCUGAAGGAAGUCGAAGCGUACACCCUGUUCACAUCCACGGAAAACAUCAUCCAUUCGAUCGAUCACAGCGUCUCAACAGAAUCAGGCUCAAAGUUCCGCUCCGAUGGCGGUGACCCAGGGUCGAAGACAGUCUACAUACUGCUGCCGUAUUACCAACGCGGCAACUUGCAGGAUGCCAUCAACGCCAACUUGGUCAAUCACACUCGGUUCCCGGAGAAGCGCCUGAUGAUGCUUAUGCUUGGUGUUGCUAAUGCGCUCAAGGCUAUGCAUCAAUAUCGCGUCAAGAGUGGCGCAUCGUCCACGCGCAAGGCAAAGGCUGUUCGGGUAGAAGCGGAGGAAGCGGACGCUGCGAGAACCUUGCAGAUGAAGCCAAAGCGGCGUGCGAGUCAUCGCGUGGAUGAUGAGGACGAGGAGCACGAACCGUUGAUGGAUGAUGAGGUCACCCAGAGUCAAGAGGGUGUUCAAGAUGGAGGCCUGCGCCCCUACGCGCACCGUGACAUCAAGCCUGGUAAUAUCAUGAUUGCUGACGACGGCCAGUCGCCCAUUUUGAUGGACCUCGGCUCCCUAGCCCCAAGUCCGAUUGCCAUCACCUCCCGUUCCCUUGCACUGGCAGUGCAAGACACCGCUGCGGAGCACAGCACAAUGCCCUACCGUGCUCCGGAGCUCUUCGACGUGAAGACCGGGUCCAUCGUCGACACCAAGGUGGAUAUCUGGUCGUUGGGCUGCACCCUCUACGCCUGUCUGGUCGGCAAGAGCCCCUUUGAAGCUCGCAGUGACGAGACUGGUGGUAGCCUGAGCAUGUGUGUGCUGGGAGGAGAUUGGCGAUUUCCCGACGAGAAAUCGAACGCGACCAAGGGUAAAGGAAAGGCCGGCGUGGACAAGGAUGAUGCGUCCAGUAGCAAUGGAAGCUCGAUCAGUGAGCCCGUCAAGGAGGUCGUCCGCAAGUGUCUUCAAGUCGAGCCCUCGGACCGACCCGAUAUCGAGGAGCUGAUCCAAAUGAUCAAGGACGCCAUCAAAGAGUUGCCGGAUGACGAUGGCGUCGCCGGUCCGUCGCACUGA